ACCCAAAAUAGAAAAAGAAAACUCAAAACCCCAAAAGCAGCGUCGCUCACACUUAAAAAAACCCCCAUCGACGGCGGCGGCGACGGCGUUCAGUUUCAGGCGACGGCGACUUCCAUUCUCAGCCAAAUAGUUAUAAAUCUGGGUUUCCUCGUGGUCAUAUUCAAAUUUUCCUCCCACUAAAUGCCACUGUUCAAGCCUCCACCCCCUCGCAUCCUCGUCAACAAUGCCUCCUGCAUGCGAAACGCCCAGACCGUCCUUCGUGACAUCAACGUCUCUGUCCACGAUGGCUCUGCUCUUGUCCUCACAGGCGCCAAUGGCUCCGGCAAGACCACCUUCCUCCGAAUGCUUGGUGGCUUCUCCCGUCCCUCUGCUGGAGAAAUCCUAUGGAAUGGCAAUAACAUCGCCUCUCCCGGUGUCUUCCAACAAUACAAGCUCCAAAUCAAUUGGCUUUCCUUAAGGGAUGCUGUCAAAGAGAAAUUAACCGUCUUGGACAAUGUUCAAUGGUUCGAAGUUCUUGAAGGCAAGUGCGGGAGAGCGAAACCGGCGCUCGAGCUUAUGGGUCUUGGCAGGCUCGUAAAUGACAAGGCAAGGAUGCUCUCCAUGGGGCAGAGGAAGAGGUUGCAGUUGGCAAGGGUGAUUGCUCUUGAUCGGCCGAUUUGGUUGCUUGAUGAGCCGUCGGUGGCUUUGGAUGCAGAAGGGGUACGGUUGUUGGAAUAUAUCAUAGCGGAGCAUAGGAAGAAGGGUGGGAUUGUUAUUGUGGCGACACACUUGCCGAUUGAGAUUGAGGAUGCAAUGUCGCUUAGGCUGCCGCAGAGGUUCCCAAGAAGGAAAACCAUGGUUGAUCUGAUCAGAUGAGAGGGGAUUUUUCUCAAGUCUCAACUUUGAAGAUCUGUAGGAGAAUUUAAUGCGGCAGAUUGCAAUAUACCCUGGAAAUGUUAUUGAAGCCCACUUCAGGCUAUGGUGGAGCUAUUGUGAUAUGCUUAGGAGAUGUAUAGUGAAGGAAAAUUUGGUCUUAGUAGCAGAGGGUUGUUCGCAACUAUAAAUUUUAAAGAUUGACUACCAUGAAGCCUCGUCAUAGUUGUUAGAAAGAACUUAGGGUUUGAGGUUUCGGAGCUGGUUUAUGAUAGCGUUUAGGAAAUAGGAGAUAAAGAUGGAUAGUUAUUGUACCUUUUCGUGUCACUUUUUAGGCCCAUCUUUAUUGUGUCAGUUUAUUGUUUUGCAUGAACGCAACCUUUUGGGAAUGUUUGACAUAUAACAUUUUCUAAUAAUAAGAUGGAUAGUUUUGAUUGAUAAUUUGUUUCACAUAUGCCGUUAUUGGUGGAUGCCAAAUAGUUAGAAGAAUACGUUCGGCU